GUCACUUCCUCCAAUGAGUAAUAAGGGCAGCUUCACACAGACCGGGUGACACACUCACUCACACACACACACACACACAAAGAGACAGCGGGGAGAGACUCCGGGCUCCGAUCCAGCACCUGUUAAAUGUGCCCGUUGCCACGGAGACGUUGACAAGUAAGGAGGCGAGGAGGAGUCCCCGUCCGGACAGAACCCGAGUGAAGGGCCGAGGAGAGGAAGCACACGUCCGUCAUGGACCACCAGAUGCAGCAGCAAGCCAAUGUGGAGCGGUUCCUCAAGUUGGGGUACUCGCACAGUGACAUCCUGAGGGUGCUGGAGAGCCUCCGCCACGACGCCCAGACCAACGACAUCCUGGAGGAGCUGAUAAAGACCUGCCACACACGCGGCGGCAACGGAAGCGUCCCGAACAGUCCCAAGCUGGUGUCCAGAGGCUGCAGCCCCUGUCCCGGUCUACCCAGACCCGGAUCAGACAGAGAGCCCGUCGCUGGCUUCAGACCAGUGGUUAUAGAUGGAAGCAACGUGGCCAUGAGCCAUGGCGACAAGAAGGUGUUUUCGUGCCAGGGCCUCCAGCUGGCGGUGAGCUGGUUCUGGGACAAAGGGCUGCGAGACAUCACCGUGUUCGUUCCCCUGUGGAGGAAGGAGCAGCCGCGGCCAGAGGCGCCCAUCACAGAUCAACAUGUGCUCCACGAGCUGGAGAGGAGGAAGAUCCUGGUGUACACGCCGUCUCGCUGCGUGAACGGCAAGAGGGUGGUGUGCUACGACGACCGCUACAUCAUCAAGCUGGCCUUCAACUCGGACGGCAUCAUCGUGUCCAACGACAACUACCGCGACCUGCAGACGGAGAAUCCCCAGUGGAAGAAGUUCAUCGAGGAAAGGCUGCUGAUGUACACCUUCGUUAAUGACAAGUUUAUGCCUCCAGACGAUCCCUUGGGUAGAAAUGGUCCCAACAUCGAUGAUUUCCUGCGGAAGAAGUCGUGGACCCUGGACAACAAGCUGAAGCACUGUCCUUACGGAAAGAAGUGCACUUAUGGAGUCAAAUGCAAGUUCUACCACCCGGAGCGGGCCAACCAAUCGCAGCUGUCUGUGGCCGAUGAGCUGAGGGCGCUGAGAGACAGAGCCAAGAACUUCUCGCCUAAACCGAGCCUGCAGGACGCGCACUGCUGCCCGGCUGCGUAUCAGCCGGAGCUCAGAUACACCUCGUCCACCCCUCCGCCUCUGAGCUUCGAGGAUCAAUCCCGCAGGUCUUCGCCCAGCGAGCAGUUCGUCUACCACAGAGACGCCGGCAGCCCGAGAAGCCAAGCCAACACGAGCCCGGACAUGGACGAGGCCUUCAGCUCCAUGGAGGGCUCCAUGUCCAGGCUCUACAUCCAGGACGCUCCCUACACCAGUCCUCUGCACAGCUACAGCAGCGGAGUAGCCAGCUACAGCCACGACGGUUACUCAUUCUCAGGGUCCUUCGGCGGAACCACCCGGAGGCCCUGCCUGUGCGGGGGAGGUUACUACCCUCAUCAGAAUAGUUCGGUGCCCUGCGAACGCCCCGUGUGCAGCCAGUGCAGGUGCGGCCACCAGGAGACGAGGAUGUGCCACCGCCAACACCCAGCAUGGGGCUCCUGCCCUGCUCUGCCUCCACAUAACGGGGAGCAUCCCGGCCACUAUUCAGAGGAGUACUUGAGACAGCCCUCUUCCAGACAGAGCCACAGCUUACCAAGGGACCCGUGGACGCAGGGCGGCACCAAGAACCCGUCCAGCGAUCAGAGGAAGGGCCAGAGGAGCCAGCUGAGCACCCUCUUCCCCCAGAGGACGGUGGAGCAAGUCAUGAACGCUUACCCACACAUCUCAGACAUGACCGAACUGAUUUCUCUCAUCCAGAGCUACAAGACCAGCCACAUCUCCUUCUAGAUUAGAAAGGCGCUUUUUAUUACGGUUUUUUUUGACUCAAACUGAGUCCACACUGGAGUUCUCAUCCCAGAAGCAAAGUGAAAACUGCAACAAAAUAAAAAAGAGAGAACGUUUUUAGUUCUCUUGAUUAUUACGUGAAAGUAAUGUACUUGUGCUUGACCACAUUCCAAACUCACCCUUUAUUUUCAGCAUUAAAAGUGACUUGAUCUGAUGAAGCCUUGAAAACGUAGCAGACCGAAUGCUAUCUCUUUAAUAUAAAAGUGCAAUGCACUACGCUCCAUACAUGCUGCUUAUUGUAGCAGCAGAAAUCCUUUAUUAAAGCAGCAUGUGUUGUUUUCUCAUGUUGCCUCAAAGUGAGGAACUCUAUUAUACUAUUCUGUGGAAAGAAAUGCCGUUGACUUGUUUUUCUAUGAAUUCUGUGUUUUUGCUGUCCCUGUGGAAUAAAAGCACUCAAAUC